GAAAUUGACGUAACGUAAGCUUGCGAGCAAGGGCCUGACUCAAAGCUGCCGCAUCGGCGUCAGAGCGGACCUGGCUGGGCUUGCUGACGUCGUAUCGCCCCGUGCUACGUCGCUCGAUAGGAGACGGCCAAGUCGUUAUGGUUGCGUGAUUGUCGACACGCUGUGACGGGCUUCUGACGGAGGCUGACAACCGACUUUGCCCAAGAGUCGACUCCUCGCCGGUGUGGCGGCGACACCAUGGCACCAGCUCCAAGCGUAGCAAGUAGUGGCGUUAGUGCAUCCUCUGGCGGAGUAGGACUACCGCGCAUAAGGGAGGAUAAAGACAAAGAAGGAGAUAACAAUGAAGGGGACGCUGAGGUUGCCCAGCGCUUUGGCUUCGAGGGCGCGGUGUUUGGCGUGCUGUUCACGCUUAGCCAGGAGAAGAACACACAAGAUAUCUUCUACCACUGGAUCCUGCUCAAGAUCCUGCUGGACGUGUGGCAGGUGUACACCCAAAUCCUCACGCCCCAGUAUGGCUGGGACAUCGACCCCGACUCAAUGUUGUGGAAGGGCGUCUCCGUCCUCUCCUUUGGGUGGCUUGCGGACAUCGGGUACGGCUGGUACGUUGGCCUACUGUACACGCUGGCGACCCUGCUGGGCCUCAACCUGGCCCUGUGCGGCUGGGUGGCAGUGUGCUUCCGGAACCAGAAGUUUGACUACGUGUGGCCCAUCAAGGUGGUCCGCGGCUUCAGCUACGUGUUCCUGCAGGUGUUCGACAUCACCUCGCUCAACUUCCUGCAGCUAGGCAUCAGCUGCAACUACACCGCCUCGGCCAGCAGCGGUUUAUUCCUCAGGAUGCAGCUGUUCCCACAGUACAGCUGCUCGGCGCUGCCCCAGCUGGCCCAGUCGUUGGUGUCAGGCGUGUUGCUGGGUGUGUUCGUGGCGGUGGCCAUGCUGGUCAACAUGAGCGAGGUGGAGGUCAACCCCACCAGCAAGUCCCCGCAGGCGCUGGGCCACAGCGGCGCCGAGGUCACCGCCUUCUUCAUCAAGGUCCUCAUGACGCUGGUCAGCACCUUCAUUGGCGGCUGGCCCAAGGUCGCCUCCGCCGCCUACCUGCUCCUGGCCUUCUGGCUAGCCUGGUGCAACCUCCGUUGGGUGCCACACCUGGUGGGCUGGGUGGGCGACCUCAAGUCUGGCUGCGCGGUGGCCAUGGCGGGCGUGGCGGCGCUGCAGGUGGCAGUGGUUGCUCUGCCCGACUCUGCCAUCGACGCCCGCCACACGCUCACCCUGGUCAUGGGCAUCGGCCUGGCUCCGCUGUUCGUGGCGGGCUCGCUCCUCAGCUGGUGGAGGCGGGCCUGGUUCACGUCGGCGGCACUCAAGGCCUUCAGGACCACCGACCCCGAGAAGGUCAAGCCCCAAGACAUCUUUGGAUUCUGGGACGCACGUGAUGUGGAGAUCGCCGCCCGCUCCUGCCGCGUGUGGGCGGACCGGUACCAGCUGGACAAGGCGGCGGUGACACGCGCGCAGGAGCUGAUCAAGGCCGGCGUGGCGCGCUUCUCCGGCAGCUCCUACGUCAAUCUGGUGUAUGCAAACUUUCUGCUGGUACGUUGUGAUCUUGGGUGGUUGGUAGGGGGCGUAUUCUAUGACUUUUGACUUAAAAUGCGGGUGCGCGUGUGUGUGUGCGAGGGGUCGGCGUCAGCGUGCAAGGGGGAUGCAUGUUGCAUGUGAGUGGGCAUGGGAGUUUAAGCAAGGCUCAGUGCUCACGAUAUGCACCUCAGCGAUAAUGUCUUUGAUAUU